UUCGAAUGACUCUGGUUUUGCUUUUUCACUGAUAGAAUCUCUUUGGACCAGAAAAAAGACAAAAUUUAAACAGUAUCAAGAGACCCGUGACCAGGUAUGCUCCAACGAGUUUGUGGCAGAAGUAGCGAGAAGGUGGAAAAGGGUUCACAGAUGACAAUAGGGGAAGCGGCGGCGGCUUCAACGUUGGUCAUGGCCUUCGUCAUAGGCCUUCUCUGCCUUUACCUAACCAUGCCUGAUUCUGAUUACACAUUCCUCAAGCUCCCUCGUACCCUCCAAGAUCUCCAGCUCCUCCGAGACGACCUUGAGAGGUAUACGAGUGAGUACACUGCAAAAGUGCUGGUGGGGUGCUGCUUGGUUUAUAUUUUCAUGCAGACUUUGAUGUUUCCUGGGACUGUGUUCUUGUCAUUGCUUGCUGGAGCUCUCUUUGAGAUCCUCAAAGGUUUAGUUCUGGUCGUGUGCACUGCCACAGUAGGAGCUUCUUCUUGCUAUUUCUUGUCAAAACUCGUUGGUCGGCCCAUUGUGUUGUCUCUUUGGCCAGACAAGCUCAAGUUCUUCCAAAACCAGGUUAAAUCCAAACUCCCCCAUCUCUCUGUGAGUGUUUAUUGA